AUGAAGCCACGGGCAAAUCUGGAAGCAAAAGCAUGCAAAGACAAGCUGCGUCCCAGGUGCAGUAUUGGAGCAAAACAGGCAAACUUUGCCUCAGAGCACGCCUCGCCUCCGGAGGCCGCGUCGGCUACGGCGGCGGGCGCGGACGACCUUGACCGCAAACUGGUGCUCGCGCGGUCCAAGCUCGUCCGCGACCCGCGCUCGUUUGGGUACUGGCGCCUGCUGCCUUUCCUCAACGAGAUGACGAAGAACGAUCUUUACUCAAAAUCAGGGGACUUAGCUCUAUCAGUUCAGCUCUGGAAUGAUUCAAACCUCCCUAUAAACAAGAAAAAGAAGCAGAAUGCCUUGAGAGAAGUUAGGAAAGCUUUACUAAGCCGAGGUGUUACUGGAUACAUGCAGUUCAUUCCACAUGCAAGAGUUCCAGUCCUUCAAUAUGUGAGCAACCGCUUUGGCGUCUCCUGUGAUAUAUCAAUCAACAACUUUGCUGGUCGAAUUAAGUCCAAAAUCUUCUACUGGCUCAAUACUUUAGAUGAGCGGUUUGGUGAUAUGGUUACUGUCCCUCAUGACCUAGCUAACCAACAAGCCAGUGAGUUUGAUGUAGGAACACUAUGUGUUGCUGCUAAGCCACGUAUGAUGGUUGUUUCGUUUAGACUUAGAAGUCCUAAAUAUUUUUAA